AGUGGGGCAGUAAUAAUGACAGAAUAAAAAACGACGCUGCCGGCUCCGGCGGCGACUUCGGCGAGGAGUGUUUUAAAUUUGUUUGUAAAUAACGCAUCAUAGCAAACUUUGCGCAAAAACUUCAAAUUUUACAGAAAAUAUGGCCACAAAACUCUACCAGCGAUGUUGCCGGAUUUGCAUGGAUGACACCAAGAAGCAGCAAGACAUCCUGUCCGAUGCAGCACUGGUAGAAACGCUGCAGCAGUUGUACAAUGUCAAGGUGGACCAGAGCGAUAGGAUCACCAAGAAAAUCUGUGUGGACUGCGUGCAGGAAGCGAACGAGACGCAUAAGUGGCUCAAAUUCUACGAGGAACAGAAACAGCUCAUCACCGAGAACCAGCGCAUCUACAACGAAGAGCUGGUUAAUCAAUUCGGGCCGGAAAACGAGACCGAUUCACCGGCGCUUUCGACCUCGUCCAUUAAGACGGGUCGAUCUUCCCGGACCAGACAGGCCACGCGUCGUAUAACAGACGACGAUGAUGAAGAGGAGGUGAAGGGAGAGAAAGAUGAAGAUUUUAUUCCGAGCAAAUCGCCACGAACGAUUAAGAAGGAGACGGGAACUCGGAGUCGGAGCAAGGUGAAGCGUGAAUGGGUGCCUUCUACGGAUGGCAGUGAAAGGGAAUCGACAACUACUACGCCGACGGAGCAAGGAACGGAGGAUGAUGAAGAUGACGGGCACGAGGAAGAGGAAGGCUCCGAAACGGGAACCAGCACAUCCGAUGGGGAGCUGAAGUGUCCGAAAUGUGAGAAAGUGUUUGCGGAAAUUGACCAGUUGGAGCGACACAAUUGUGAGUUCAUCUGCAACAUUUGUAGUGCCUCUGUAAAGUAUCGACACAGCUUGAAGCGCCACAUGGUAACGGUGCAUAAGAUAAAUCCCAACCAGUGGGAAAAUUAUUGGAAUCCUACUGGAGAUCAGCCGGGCGAUUCAUUGCUAGUUGAGACAUCGAAGCCCAGGAAGAGAUAUCGCUAUGAGAGCGAUUCGCCCACUGAUAUGGAAGACGAUUCAAACACGGACGAGAAUGAGCAGGAUAAGGAUUUAAUCUGCAGUCGUUGUGGCGAUAAAUUUUACUCCACCCAAGAAAUGAAGAACCAUGAUUGUGAAUGCCAGUGUAACAUUUGUGGAGUAAAGUUUGCCUCGCGGAACAGUGUCAAAAGGCACAAGAUUCGUCUGCACAAUGUAGACCCGAACGAUCCUUCGGUGGCCCCACGUUCUCGUGCUCCUUCGACAACGCCCACUGUAGCUACAUCUCGGCCCCCAUCGAGGCCUCCGUCGAGAGCUGCCUCAGACAACUCAGACGAUGAACCGUUGGCUUCGUUGGCCUCGGAAGACAUGCGCUACAGAUACUUCUGCCCAAGUUGUGAUUAUUCCAGCUACAAACGAUGCACCGUCACCUCCCAUUUGGUUUCGUUCCACAAAACUCGUAGGGAGCUUAUCGAUGUGGAGACAAUUCCAAAGAAGUUUGUUCCAAGGAAUGCUAGUUUUGGUAGAGCAAAAACCCCUGUCUGUGAAGCUCCCCCCAGUCGUCCGAUGACUCCUAAAGCGGUCGAACCACCAGCACCACCUCGAUCCAAAACUCCAAGCCCGGUCGAGUCAGUCCCUCUCCGUUCAAAAACUCCGGAACCAGUGAAAACUUAUCGCCCGCCAAGCACCCAUCCAAUUCCACCAACCAAAGAAUACCAGCCGGUGGCCCAAAUUUUCCCGGUCCAGCAUCGCAGCCGUUCCCGAUCCAUCCAUCAGGACUCCCAGAACAGCAGCAAACGCAAACGCUCUCUUUCUGCCUGCUCGAACAAAUCUUCCCGUGCCGUGCGAGCUCGCUCCAAUCCCCCCUCCGACAGACACAUCCUAACGGCCAAGCGGCGUCUCUCUCCGUCCCGGGCCCUAGCCAGCGUACACGAAAAAUUCCGCCCAACGGUGACCGGAAUCCAGGCAAAUCGGCUGUUUGUCUCCAUUCGUCAGGGUUGUGAACCCAGCCAACCGGGCCAGCAGAUUCGCUUCCGGGCCUCGUCGUAUCUCCUGCAGGACCCAUGUCCAACCAAACGCCUAUUUAGACUGCGUGCCCCCGUCGGAACCGAACGGCAGCAGGUUCAGAAUCUCCGGGGAGUCUUCAACAAAUUGUCCCACCAGAUUAGCAGCCACUCGAAGGUUAACGAAAUCGAUGUGGACUCCUUGGUGUUGGACUACAUUCAUCCCCCGAAAGCAGCGGUAAAGGCCGUCGUGGAUCCACUGGAAAAGGAGGAGGGCACAACGUUUGAAAUCCGGGAACUUGACACCGAGGAGACGACUGAAGUGAUUGUCCCAGAAGAUCCAGAGCCGGACGACGAUGCUGAACCUCGGAUGGUAAUUGUCACCGAAGACGAUGGUCAAACCGCAGAAAAGAACCCGUUGGAGGAUGUAACGGAAAAUGGUACCAAUGGUAAAGGCGAAGAUGCUGUAGAGCCCGUGGAAGUCGAGGACACGACGAACCAGGAGAAGGAGGCCGAUCCAAUCGCUCCAGAGUCGUCACCAGAAGAGAGGGCAUCGGAGAGUCCCGACGGUGACGAGGAGGGCGGAGAGGAUGAGGAUGUUUCCAUCACUCCCGAUUAAGGACCCUUCAGGAUUUUCAAUUAAUUUUAGUAUUAGGUAAUACGAUACCUAUCGUGCCGUAUUGUAUGUUCCAGAUUGCAGAAUAAUAAUUUAGAAUAAAUCUCAUAACACAUUAUUAGGAUAA